AUGUCGGUUGUUCCUCAACCACAAAAUGAUAAUUGUGUUCGGUUCAACGAUCGUCUUUAUUCGACGUUCGCUGUGACCAAUCGUAUACAUUGCGUGCCUGUUGACGAGGUGACUGGUGUCGACAUCUUCACAGGACGAGGGACGACCAGCGAUGAAGAGGACGAAGAAGAGCAAGGAGGCGUCAUGGAAUUUGAAAAAGAGCGGUGGAACAUGAAUGAGACCUUUCAGAGGUCUGCGCUGUCUCCUAAAUCGUUUGACCUCAUCAACAGUCGUAUGCUCGCCGAUGGUCUCAAUGCUCCACGUUGGCCUUCCUUUGUCCAUGAGCUCUAUCAAUUGUUAAAGCCCACCGGCUGGGUACAGAUGGUGGAGCCGCAAUUCUUGUUUCAAUCUGACGCCGGUGAAGACCUGCCGUUCCUGCAUCAUUGGUGGAAAAGCUACGCCGACGCGCUUCAAUGGUGCAACAAAGAUGCUCGCAUUGGCACGCGUCUCUCCCAGCACAUGACAGAGGCAGGAUUUGAUGAAGUUUGGUCAUAUCCUUACAGACUUCCGAUCGGAUCGUGGGAUCCCUCCGUCGGCCUGGGAAACACCGCAUUGGAGAUUUUCAAACGGAUUUUGUACUCUCAUUCGGCUUGGUUGUUCAUGCACAGUCCGGGAGGUAUGACUCCGGCUGAGCAUGCGACGCUAUUGCGCGGUGCGUUGGCCGAGCUACUGAAUCCGAGUUAUCGGAUCUAUAUCCAUGUGUAA